AAUUUCGGCAGGAGCUGCUAGCGAAGCGUUCGCGUGUCAUGACCGAGGUACAAGGGGACCCACCACCGCCGGAUGCCGAGCGCUGCCGGAAGAACGCAGGCGACGGGUGGCGGUGCCGAUCGCGGAGGACUGAUGACUCGAACUUGUGCGAGAAGCACAUCAGCAUGAAGCGUUCCUCAUCCUCUUCCUCGGCCGGCGCCGGUAGGGUUAGAAAAAACCGAUCUUCUGUCCCCGGAGUCGGUGGCGUGCGUUCGAAGAGGAAGAAGAACGGCGGUUCCUCCUCCUCCUCCGAGGAGGUGAUCCCGGAGAAGAAGUCGAGGAUCAAGGUUGCGGACAAGGAUGGCGAAAUUCGUGACGAGACGGGGGAGGAUGUGAAAGACGACGAAAGGCCGAAGUUUGAUCGGGGAGUACGAACCUCGAGGAAUAAAGAUCCAAAUUUUUAUUACGAGGGUGAUUGUAGUUGCGAAGGCGUGGAAUUUGGUGAAUUUGGUGAAAAGGAUGGUUCUUUGUUGAAGAAAAAGGAUGUUAAAUCACAGGAGAAGGAAACACAAGUGAUGAAAGACGAAAUGAAGGGUUCUGAUGAGGACGCGGGGUUACAAUUAGCCAAGACGAGGAAAAAGAGUGGUGCGGUGAACUCUGGUACACAGGAGAAUAAUGGCAAAAGUCAGGAAGUGCAAGAGAAGGUAAUCUUGGCGACAGAGAAAAUCAAGAAAGAAGAAAAUAACUCUGCUUGUGACUCAGAAACUGUGUUGAUGGGUAAAGACAUUAUUGGGAAAGUCGAGAUGGGUUCUGGAUCGAGCUCUAAGAAGAUCAAAGGCGAAGGCAAGAGAAUGCAGGAAGAAAACAUAGCAGAUAUGGAACUGACAGAAACAAAGCCUUCAGAAUCAGUGAAAUCAUCCAGAGAUCCGAAUGAUCCGUUCCAGAUGUGUCAUCAAUGCAUGAAGAGUGAUAGGAAAGUAGUUAGGUGCAGCAAAUGUCCUCGAAGGCGAUAUUGUUUUGAAUGCGUUCGGACAUGGUAUCCGGAACUAUCAAGGGAAGCCAUUGCAGAGGCUUGCCCAUGUUGUAGAGGAAUUUGCAACUGUAAAGCUUGUUUGCGUGGAGCUAAGAUACCAGAGAGUCUGUAUUCUGGUGAUCCAAAAGAUGAUGGAGAAAAGAUACAGUUUCUGAAGUAUCUCAUUGGUUACCUCCUGCCAUAUGUGGAACAAUUUUGUGAUGAUCAGAUGGUAGAGAAGACUGUGGAGGCCCAGAUUUGUGGCUCAUCUGAUGUGAAGAUAGAGAAAAUUGACUACGCGCAAGAUGAACGCAUUGACCAUUGCAAAACCUCUAUAGUUGAUUUCCAUCGAAGCUGUCCAAGUUGUCAUCAGUAUGAUCUAUGUGUGACCUGCUGCAAGGAAAUUCGAGAAGGCUGUUUGAGGGGUUGUGAACUUCUACACUUUCCUUAUAAAACUAGAGGAAAAGAUUACUUACAUGGAUUAAGUUAUAAAGUUCCAGAAAAACAAGUGAAGUCAUUACGAAGCAACAAGUUAGAUAGUAUGCCUGAACAGAUGCCACUCCCAAAAUGGGAAGCAACUUCAUCAGGUGAAAUCCCUUGCCCGCCAAAGGAAAGGGGUGGGUGUGGACAAGGCAAAUUGGAGCUGAAGUGUAUUUUUGACGAUAGUUGGCUGUCAGAGCUGAAAGAGAAGGCAAAAAGGUUGACUGCUGCUUGUGGACCUGCUGAGGUGUAUCAUAGCGCCACUCAGUGUCCAUGUUUUGAAUCCAAUGAUGAUGGGCAGCUAAGAAAGUGUGCUUAUCGAGUUAAUUCCGAUGACAAUCACCUCUACUGUCCUUUGGCAAGUGAUAUCAAGCUACAGGAACUGGAGCACUUCCAGAGACACUGGACAAUGGGCGAGCCCAUUAUUGUGCGGGAUGUUCUCAAACUUACUUCUGGAUUGAGUUGGGACCCGAUGGUGAUGUGGCGUGCUGUUCGUAAGGUUGUAUUUAAGAAAGGUUCCUCUGACUUGAUGGUAACAGCACUAGAUUGCCUUGACUUCUGUGAGGUUGAUAUAAACAUUCACCAGUUUUUUAAAGGAUACACUGAAGGUCGCAGACAUUACACUUCUUGGCCUGAAAUGCUAAAGCUGAAGGAUUGGCCCCCUUCCACUUUAUUUGGGGAGAGGCUGCCGCGCCAUAAUGCAGAAUUUCUUAAUGCCUUGCCCUACAAAGAAUACACUCAUCCAGACUCUGGAAUUUUAAAUUUGGCUGCCAAGUUAACCAAAGAAAUGCUCAAACCAGAUCUGGGGCCUAAAACAUAUAUAGCCUAUGGCUAUCCGGAAGAGCUUGGACGUGGGAAUUCAGUAACUAAGCUUCAUUGUGAUGUUUCAGAUGCGGUGAAUGUGUUGAUGCACACUGCUGAUGUGGAUCCAAGUUUAUAUGAUCUUGAAAGAAUUAAAGGACUAAAACAAAAGCAUGCUGCGCAAGACAAAGAAGAACUCUUCAGUAGUGUCAAUGCAGAUGAUAAAAGGACUGAAAUAGCCAUGCAGGAAACAAGUGUCAGCCUUAAUAAGGCUAAAGAUGGUCUUGAGCAGUCUCACUCUGCUGAGCAGAGUAAAAUUGUUGAUGCCACAGUGAAUGACAAUGAGCCCUCUGUGGUGGAUCCUGAUUCUUUUCUUGAAGAAAUUAAGGAUAAGGCCGUGCUUCCAGACAAUGUUAAGGAAUCAAAUAUGGUUUCUGGAUUGCCAUCUGCAAAUGUUGAUGAUAUGGUUGAAACCAGGAAAGUAACGGAGGGAAGCUGUAAAUAUUUUAAACGGCGUAAAAAAGUGAACAAAAAUUCCGAAGGUUUGUCAGCAGAGAAUUCAGAAAGGAUCAACAUUGAGGCAGGAAAAGAUAAAGAGGAGGGAGGUGCACUUUGGGACAUUUUCAGACGGGAAGAUGUUCCGAAGCUCGAGGAGUAUCUUAGAAAACAUCAUAAAGAAUUCAGGCAUAUUUAUGGUUUACCGGUGGAGCAGGUUGUACAUCCAAUUCAUGAUCAAAGCUUUUACUUAACCUCUUAUCAUAAAAGGAAGCUCAAGGAGGAAUUCGGAGUUGAACCUUGGACUUUUGUGCAAAAACUCGGAGAAGCUGUGUUUAUUCCUGCUGGAUGCCCUCAUCAAGUUAGAAAUCUUAAGUCUUGCAUUAAAGUUGCUCUCGACUUUGUUUCACCUGAAAAUCUUGGAGAGUGCAUUCGAUUGACCGAGGAAUUUCGUGCUCUUCCCCAGAACCACAAGGCUAAGGAGGAUAAGUUAGAGGUAAUGAAGAUGGCUAUACAUGCUUUACAUGAUGCUGUGUCUUCUCUCAGCGAACUUGUCUGUCCUGUAGAACAAGAAGAGAAGGCAAGCUAACUGAUGGAAGAUCCUUCUGCCCGAAUUGUUCUGCUGCGCUUGAUUUUGGAAUAUUGAACUUUUGCUUAGUCACCUGCCCUGACUAUUUAUUAUUCCUGUAUAUUUUGAUGUGGUCAAUCUUAAUCCUAGAAGUUACUCAGUUACAUUCAUGUGCACUGUCACAUUUUGAACAUGGCCUCCUUUUGUCAUUUGUAAGUACUUACUCAGAACUAUCUUGUACUAGUAAUCUUUUGUCAUUAUUACUGCUACAGCUGUGUGAAUUAGUUACUAAACUCAAUGUGGUGUUGCCACUUUUAUGUACAAAAAUUGGGCUUCUGUUCAAUGAUGAUUGUUUGAAGCA